AUGGUUCCCGCACCAGGUGCACGAGGCCUUUUCCUUGGCGUAGCAGCUGCCGUGGCCGAUGGUGCACCUGUUUCCGACGUGGACGCACUCGCGGCAUCGCUUUUCGAGGCCGGUGCCCUCGACGGACUGUUUUUGUGUCAGCCUCGCUGUCAGAACGUGGAAAGGGUCGAUUCGGCAUCUCCAUACCACUUCGCGCACGACGAGGCUGCCGUGCUCUUGGCGGACCUCGACUCCCAUGGGGAGAUCGGCCGGGCCGGCAGCUGCGACGCUUAUGGCCUGCAUGGCGACGAGGAGGAGUGCGAACGUGGGCUUCGUGAUGGGCAUUUUGACGUCUUUGUGAUCGGAGCUUUGGUGGGUUUGGAGUAG